UCCUCUAUGGUUGUGCUCAUCAACCAAUUCAAAAUAAUAAGAAAUAUUAAUAGUAUUUCUUAUUAUUAAUUCAAAAUCGGCUAAUGAACGUCAGAGGUCAUGAUUGUCUCUGUUAAUUAACUAUUUGAGCCGAGGUUGUUUAAUUAUGUAUGUUAGAAAAGGAGGAAGAUGUGUUUGCAACCAUAGUGACAGCCCCGAACAAACCCAAACUGGAUGAUAGUCCUUCAGUCACGCUCUAAAAAGCAGCAGUUGUUUAAGAUCUUUGGAGAGCUUCACUCAUCGUCUGUUUAUAAUAUAACGAGAGACUGCUCCGUGAAAGUACUCUAACGUCACAACCCAAAAUAACGUGACCCAUAAUGCCUUGAAGGUUCAAAGAAAUGCUUGACAACCUUGGAGGAUGAGUAACAGAAGCAGUAGUAGUUAUCGUUGUGUCCUCGGCUCCUUGAAAACAUGUCGUACACUUUCGUUGGAGAUCGAGAUGGUGUGUACAGUCGAACCUCUCCGGUAGAAAUGACUCAAGUGAACCCACAGCCGGUUCAACCUGCAACCGAAAUACAGCUCCCAGAUAUCGAAGAUUUCUCGCACAUUACGCUUCAUCAGGCUGCAAGAGAUGGUAAAAUUGACAUUAUUAAGCAAAGACUUACAAAACUUACUUCAAAAAACCAAGCUAAAUGUCAAAAACUAAUAAACAAACGAGAUGAGGACAAUACCACACCUCUGCACUAUGCUGUACGAUAUGGACAGGUGGAGGUUGUCAAAGCAUUGGUAGACUUCGGAGCAGAUAUUGACAUCCCUGGAGAGGAUGGAGCGUCUCCCUUACAUUAUGCUGCAAGAUUCCGAGCAUCUGCCAGUAGACAACUGUCACAAGUUAUUGCUGGUGAUGAAAAUGGAACAGUUACUGAUGGGGUAGAAGUAAAUAAUAUAGGUGUUGUAGCCACACCUCUGACACAUGCCAUCAGUUCCAACAGUCUUCCUGGAGAAGUGAAUCAAACUAUGUUUCAGGUUCCUUCAGAGGAUGAAUCUCUAAUACAUUUUUUUGUGAAUGAAUGUGACGGAGAUGUCAAUGUUAAAGAUUCUUAUGGAAGUACCCCUCUUCAUUAUGCAGCAUCUAAAAGCAAUGCAACUGCUGUAAAAGAACUGUUGACGUGUGAUGGGAUUAAUGUUGAUGCAAUAGAUGCAAGUGGAUCCACACCUCUUCAUUGUGCUGCUACUGAGGAUAAUGUAGAAAUUGUCAAGGUGCUACUGGAAGCUGGAUCUGAUCCAAGGGCAAAGGACAAUGAACGGAUGACACCAAUUCACUUUGCCUGCACAGAAGGAAAUGCAGAGGCUGUUAAACUUCUAUUUGAGCAUGCAGAGAGAAAGGGAGAUGUGCUUGAGAUGUUGGAGGACAGAAACAAGGAAGGUGAAACAGCGCUUCAUUCGGCAGUGGAAGGUGGAUACAUUGACAUUGUUGAAAUAUGUUUGAAGAAAGGAGCAAAGGUUAAAGCAAGACGAGGUAACCUUGCACAGCCACUGCACAUUGCUGCUAUCAAUGGAUAUGUCGACAUUGCAAAAUUAUUGGUUGAUCACAGGGCCAAGAUUGAAGCAAGGAAUGCAAACCAUGAGACGCCAUUACACAGAGCUGCUGCCUUUAAUAAGAUUUUUAUGGUGGAUUUUCUCCUUGAAAAAGGAGCUGAUAUUGAUUGCCUUGACAAGGAUAACUACACCCCCCUUCUAGCUGCUGCCUCAGAAGGACAUGCAGAUGUUGUGUCAAAACUCUUAAACAGAGGUGCAGACUUACAAGUAAAGAACAUUCAUGAUAAAACUGCAAUAUUUUUGGCAGCCGAAGAAAACAGAGUUGACACCCUAAAGGCGAUCCUUGAGAACGAAAAGGCCAAAUCUUUGAUCAAUGAGAGUGAUCGUUAUGAAAACACUCCACUCCAUGUUGCUGCUCAGAAUGGCUAUGCCUCUGUUGUUCAGGCAUUGUUGGAUAAUAAAGCAAAGAUAAAUGCAAGGAAUGAAGAUGAAAACACUCCUCUACAUCUGGCUGCAAAACAUGGAAAAAUAAGGACUGUUCUCGAGCUUGUUAAGAGGGAUCUUACCAUUAUAAAUGAUGAGGAUGAAGCCUCAAACACACCCCUUCACUUGGCGGCUAUAGAAGGUCACAUAAAGUGCUGCAGGGUUCUGUUAGAAAAAGGAGCUGAAGUGGAUGCAAGGAACUCCACAUUAUGGACGCCCCUGGACUGUGCAGCAGCUAAGGGUCACUUAAAAGUAGCAAACAUCCUGUUGGACUUUGACUCACCUGUCGAUCCUAUUGAUAAGACUAAGACCACACCUUUACAUUUAGCAGCAAAAGAGGGCCAUGCCGAUAUGGUGACACUCCUGUUGUCCAAAGGUGCUGACAUUACACUAACUGACUACAGUGGAAGAAACUGCCUUGACUUAGCAGCAGAUCACAGCCGCAAGGAAACAGCCAUGGCCAUUGUCAACGAUGAAAACUGGAUCUCUGUUUUGAAGAACAAAUCAUGGGAACAGAAUCGCGUCACGACUCCAUUGAGAAAACUGAUCAUCAAACUUCCUUCUGUGGCAGAAGCAGUCUUCAACCGUUGUGUCAAAGAAAGUGGCCACCAUGUCGAAGACAAAAAGUAUGAGGUAACAUUUUACUAUGAGUUCUUGGAAGAUAUUUACGUUGACUGGUCAGAUGGAGGCGAUGCAGGUUCGGAGACGUCCAGUUUAGCGAGCUUCUCAAUGGAAGACGUCACAGGGGAUGAAGAGUUUAGGAAGAUUCAAGGGUCAGCUGGAGUGGCUGAGGCUGUGACUCAGUUGGAGAAGAAGGAGAGUCAUCCUCUAAUGAUCAUGGUGAAGAAUAAGCGUGAACAGUUGCUAGGCCAUCCUCUUGUCACGUUUCUGUUGGAUUACAAAUGGAAGAUAUUUGGCAGGUACAUUUAUUACUUCAAGCUGGCCCUCUAUUGCUUGUUCUUGUUGUUCUUGACUGGUUAUACUGUUUACUCGACUGAGCAUGGCCCAGUUUGUCUCAAUGAAACAGUGGUUGACAAAGGAACUGCGGACGAGAGCUCUGUUGCCUACAUCUUGUGGAUAAGCGUCGGGCGUAUUGUGAUACUGGCGCUAGCAUCAGCACAUAUUCUUUCCGAGUUGUUCCAACUAGUGUAUCAGCGCAGACAAUAUUUCUCAUGGGAGAAUCUUGUGGAGUGGGGUGUGUAUGUACUCGCCAUUGUUUACGUGGCCGAUGAGUUUGAAGUGGAAGUGGUCAAUAGUUGUUCGACGGCGAAAAAAACCAUCGGAGCCUUAUCAAUCUUUUUAGCUUGGAUGGCUUUGGUGUUAUUCAUCAGAAAGUUUCCAAAGCUUGGUAUUUACGUGGUGAUGUUUACAAGCAUUCUCUACACGUUCACGAAAUUCUUCAUGAUUUAUGUGCUGUUCCUCGUUGCCUUUGCGCUUUCGUUUUUCACGCUGUUCCAUGAUCCUAAGCAAAGCAUCCGUUCGUUUGGGGAGCCUAGCCGUGCUAUCGUGAAGACAGCAGUGAUGAUGAUUGGGGAGUUCGACUUCGACGACUUAUUUAACUCGCCUGACUUGAACGUUCCUGGUGUUUCGUGGUUCAUUUUUAUUGUCUUUUUGAUUAUCAUGACUCUCAUCUUGAUGAACUUGUUGAUUGGUUUGGCUGUGGACGACAUCAAAGGUGUCCAGGAGCUGGCUGUACUCGAGCGACAAGCCAUGUUGGUUGAUUUAGCUAUGGAUGUAGAGAAAGCUUUGCCCAGAGGACUUCGGAAACGGCUUGUACCAGAAAGACAAGUCGUUCGACCAAACCAGUAUGAAGGCUUUAAAUGGUACUGGUACAGUCCGCCCAUCUCUGCACAGGAGGUCCAAGUAGCGUUGAAGCCGAACAAGUCUUCCCUUGAAGUGUUGUCUGACCGAACGGAUGAACUUCAAGAAACUGUGUCAGGAAUGAAGAAUCGCUUGAAAACAAUGCAGUUUAACCAGGAGGAGAUACACAAGAUGCUGGUGGGUAUCGUGAAGAAACUUGAUGCCAUUGUCGAAGGAGACGACGAUGAAGACGAUCAGCUGUUUUAGUCACGUGACUUGAUGAAACUGCCGGUCGUUAGAAUGGCAAAUGUGCGGGCUCACCCGCGACCCGUCUGCAAUUGCUGAUCAUUAGAAAAGUGACAAUAUUGUAACUUGAAGUAGUAUUCUGACUAAAUUUGAAAUGGAUUAGGAUUGUAUUUAUCCGUGUAUUAGCGUUGACGUCGUUACGCAUCUUGCACGUAGUCUGAGCGGAGCGUUACAAACCGAAUGUUAGUUUCAAGGGGGCUAGACGCACACGUAUAUGAAGAAUUAGUUGAAAAAGUAUUUUUGAAAUUUUCACAGUUGUACUGAUAAUCGGCUACAUCAGGAGCCUUGUCCACAUUAAAUUCUGAGAAAUAUUUACAGCCCUUGCAUCAGGAGCCCUGAACUCUUACAUCAGGAGCCCUGACUACUCUCAGUUCUAAGAAAUAUUUAUAGCUAUUUAGAUACAACAUAUAUCAGAAGGCCUGUCCACAUUCAAUUCUGAGAAAUAUUAAUAGCUAUAGCGGUACAAGAUAUAUGGCUACCUUGCACUAUAAAAGCUAGAAUAAUACUCUAGCGUGGGAAACAAUCGAUACAUGGUACUUUUACAGCCGUUGAUUGGUUAGUUUAGUUAGAUAUGUGUAGGCUAUUUUAUUGAAAAAAAUAGAUGUUUGAUGAAAUGGGAGUCUAGCAUGUCAAACAAUCGAUAUAUGGUACUUUAACAGCCGUUGAUUGGUUAGUUUAGUUAGUUAUGUAUAGGCUAUUUUAAAAAAAAUAGCUAUUUGAUGAAAUGAGAGAGACCCAAAUUAUUGAAAGGCUUACUGGGAAAUUGAAGAAUUCAUAGAAUCAAGCAAAAUAUUUAUGAUACACGGGAGAAACAUUUACGAACCUCCGUCUUCCAAACAGUAGUAUUUAUGCUUAAAUAAGCACUGAAACUUCAGAUACAAACACAGCAACAUACAUGACGAUAUAUUAGCUCUGAAGUAGAGUUUAAUGUGUGAUAACUUGUGUCUUUAAUAAUGAAUUAGGUCCACUUCUUGAAAAGAAUCUUUCGUUAAAAAGUUUAAAGAUUAAAAUGGUCAGGGAUGGGACUGACGUUAUAGUACCUCACUGAAGCGGCACUUGUCUCAAAGAAUAAAACAUGAAAGGAAGUUUUA